GCUCGCUCUUCAACCGCCACCCCCAACAUCCUAAUCAUCCACCUUCCACUACCGCCACCAACACCCCGAACAACAUGCCUUUAUCACCGCCGAUCUCUCCUUCUGACCACCAUCGUCAACAUCUUCACACCACUCUCACAGCCACCCAGCCAUCACCACCACCAGAACCAACACGAAACCGACACAGCGCCCGUCUCCCUCUCCUAGCCACCACACUACCGCACCGCCGCCAUCACCACACGUUCUCUCUCACUCUGACGACCGCCAACAUCGUAUCCAUCAACAUUCUACUUUCCACUACCACCAUCAACGCCCUGAACAACACACCGUCGCCAACGCCUCUUCUUCUUCUGACCGCCAUCACCAACACAUUAACCAACACUCUGACAACCACCCAGCCACUAUCACCACCAACACCGAACCGAUACAUCCCGCCUCUCCCUUUUAACCAUCUUUGUCAACACCCUGACUGCCAUGGCCACCAGCGCCGCCAUUCGUCUCCCAGACCGCCGCCAACGACAAAACGACCGACAUGCCACACCAACUCUUCCUCUCCCUGUCCACCACCAUCAACACCUGCUGCGACCGCCACCACCACCGUACAUUUUUUUCUGCGCCACUGCUUUUCUUUCUGACCACUGUCUUCGAGACCCCAACUACCACACCGCCAUCGCCACCACCAUUACUCUUUCUCUCUUCCACACGCCUUCUCCUUCCAAUCAUCCUCCUCAACACCCUAACUCCCACCACAACCACUCAUUUCUCGUGACUGCCACCGCCGCCAUUUCACCCCUUUUUUUCUCCAACCGCCACUGUCAGCACCCUGACUGCUCUGACACCAUCAUCGUUGCUCCGUCACCG